AUGAUGGUCCCCCACCAAUGCUUCCGCGAGUUCGAGACCUACCUCAGUGCCUAUUUGCAGGCCAGCCGGCCGUCCACAUCGCAACAGUCCAAUGCCCGGCACCGGCUUACCCUCCUGUCGACGGUCCAAUUCCAGGAGCUGGCCGAGGACCUGCUGAAUGAGCUUCGCCUGCGCCGGGCCAGCCGCGACCCGAAUGAGCGCCCCCCGCCCCCGGAUGACACCCAGGGCUUCCAGCACAAGCGCAUCGACGCCCGCAUGAAGCUGAGCACCCUGCCGGAGCACCGGUUCCGCGACCUGGUGUGCGACAUUUACUUCGAGCUGAUCCGCCGCUUCCCCGACUCCAAGGCCAUGUCCCCGUCGCCGACCGCCUCCACGCCUCUGCCGGCCGAUGACGCUUCCUCCUCCAUGAAGGAGCUGGACAUCAUGUUCACCAACAUGAAUGUCGCCACCACGGCCCCCAUGGGGGCCCUCAGCCCGACGCUCAAUGGGGUCCCCACGCCGCCGGUGGUGGCCGCGUCGCCGGCCACCGCCGGGCUGCCCCCCUCGCCGCGGUCCAUCGCCCCGCCACCUGGGGCCAGCCCCAGCAGCGGCAUGGCCGGUGCCCCGAAUGCCGGCGGCCCCGCCUUCGACAUGCUGCCCCCGCGAGUGACCGCACACUCCGGGCACUUCCCCUCGCCCGGGGGCCCGGCCUCGGGCCAGGCGCCUACGCCCCUGCCGGCGGCGCCCCCGGCCGACGACCCCUUCCCCGAGCCGACCCCCGGCCGGGCCACGCGCGAUGAGCUCCCGGAGACGCUCAUUUUCACGGCCGACAGCGAGUCUGACCAUGCCUCGCAGGCAGCGCCCGCCGGCACGAUGGCCCACGCCUCGCGUCAGCCCAGCGUCUCGUCGCACCCGCGCGCUUCCGCCAACUCCGCCAACUCCUCCUUCUCGGAUCUGAGCGCUCUCCAGCCGGAGCCGGUGCAGGCCGCCGACGGGGCAGCUCGCGGGGCCGGGCCGCCGGGGCCGGAGAAUGCCGGCGGCCGCGACGGCCGCACGGUGACAGCGGCGCGGAGCGCACCUCGGCGAUUGUGGACCGGCGCCCUGCGAUCCGUCCGCGCCUUCUCCUCCGACACCAACGAGUCCCCUGAGGCCUUUGACCAGCGCUGGAGCGAGUUCUUCACCAACGCCCCCGAUAUCGAGGAGGUCCACCGCGGUCUGACCAACCUCUUCUCCCACGAUGUCAUCCCCGGCUCCAAGAUCCUCGAGUCCGCCCUCUACGCCUGCCGCCGCCUCAACGACUUCCCCACCUCCGUCCGCAUUCUCGGCGCCCUUGAGGGUAAGCUCCGGAAGGAGAAGCCCAAGUACGAGGCUUACCUCGUUGAGCUCGGCCCCGUCAUGGCCAAGCUCGGUGUCCCCAGCCCUGCUGAGAUCCGCAACUAA